AUGAACUGGGGCACGCGGGGGGUCGGGAAGAGGCUCGGGUGGAGGAGGGGCGUCAGAGGGAGGAGGUUCAAGAGGAGGAGGGGAAAUAGGUGGGAGGCCAUUAGGGUGCUCGAGGACUACAUCAAGAAGGCAGUAGUCUUGGAUGAUGACGGAGCCAAGGUGGUGCGGUCAAGGAGGGGGGACGACACCACCUGGAAGGGUGGUGCGGUCACGGUGUGUGCGGCUGCGCUGGGUCACCCGCGGCUGCGCUGUCCGCCCUUGUCGCGGCGGUUUAGGCCACGACGAGCGCCCGCGUUCGUCAUGGCGGAUGCGCCCGACCGCGGAGGUCGCCUCCGCUGGUCGCGUCCGCGGCGGUCGCCUCCGCUGGUCGCCUCCUCGGCGGUCGCCUCCGCUGGUCGCCUCCGCGGCGGUCGCCUCCGCUGUCCGCGGCGGUCGCCCGCGUUCGCCUCCGCUGUCCGCGGCGGUCGCCCGCGUUCGUCGCGUUCGCUGCCCGCGUUCGUCGCGUCCGCGGCGGUCGCCCGCGGUCGUCGCGUCCGCGGCGGUCGCCCGCGGUCGUCGCGUCCGCGGCGGUCGCCCGCGUUCGUCGCGUCCGCGGCGGUCGCCCGCGGUCGUCGCGUCCGCGGCGGUCGCCCGCGGUCGUCGCGUCCGCGGCGGUCGCCCGCGGUCGUCGCGUCCGCGGCUGUCGCCCGCGUUCGCGGCGUUCGCGGGCGACAUUCGCGGCGUCCGCGGCGGGCGCCCGCGUUCGCGGCGUCCGCGGCGGUCGCCCCCUAUUAG